GUCCCGUUCGGUCAUGGGUCGGGUUGCAAAAGCAUCGGUACGGAGGUAGCCAUGUUUGAAGAGAUCAAUUCAACGUAGUUCCAACUUCCAACUUCUAACUUCAAUCAGGAUUCAGGACCACCAUUCUGAUUUUCUGAGUUUCUCAUCUCCACCCGUCGCUCACCGCCGUUCUCACCGCAUUGCCUCAGUCCAUGUUAACCCCGCCGCUAAAUGCUCACCAUUUUUCUGGGCAUCUCUAUUCCUUUAUCAGGGCUUGGCCUUCACAAAACCAGUCCAAUUCUCCACCAGAACAGUGUAUUUGAUCCAAAGUGAGAUUGUACAUGCCCACAUCACCAGGACUUGUUUCAAACCCUUGUCUACUUUUUUCCAAUGAAUCCUCUUCGAUUGGGUUGCCAAUAUGGCGAACUCGGUAUUGCCCGCCACAUGUUGGAUGAAAUGCCUGGUCCAUAAAGAUACUGUCACUGAGAAACAUGUUACAGAGAGACUGAUUGAGCUUGAACCUGAAGCUGCAGUGUCUUAUGUGCUUCUUGACAACAACUACACUAAUGUGGAAAAAUGUAUGCCAGCCAAAAGAAUCAAGGACUUGCUGAUGGUAGAAUUACAAUGAAACCUGGUCUAAGUUGGAUUGAGGGACUAUUGGUAGUGAGAGUAAACUGUUUUACUACAAACGCUUGGUAAAAUGAAUUAAUCAUGCCGUUGGAAAGGAUCAGAAUUGAUUGGAAUCUAUAUGUGAGCCCCAUUGCCUAUUGCCAGAGUUCCUACAUGUCAGAAACUCAUGAAUAAGAUGGGAUCAAUGAUGCUGUCAGAGGGAUCAGAACUGAUGAUGGGUGACUAUGGGAGACCCAUUGCCUACUACCAGAGUUCCUAUUGUCAGAGGUCCAUCUCCUGCAUUUUUCCUGGAGGAAGUGCGAUUGGAGAACCGGUUUUUAUGUAAUUUAUGAGAAAUGAUUGAGGUCCUCGCCCAAGUCUCUGCUUCCAACACGUCUCUCUCACCAUUUCCACAACUGCAUUUUAUGACUCAGAGCGGUACAUCAGCACCCUUAUUGUUUGGUUGGUAUCUCAUCAGUGCUCAAGCUGAAGCUGCUACCAUCUGCAGAGAGGGAGGAGGUUUGAGAUUGUGGAAGCAGUGAAUAACGCAUGUGAUGUCAACAAGGACGUGAAGUGAAGAGAUGGCUUGUAAUCUUCAAUCAGAAAUGCAGGAACCCAGUAUCGAUACCGAUAAACUUAGCUACGAAAUCUUCUCAAUUCUCGAAAGUAAGUUUCUCUUUGGCUACGAUGACCAGAAGCUCUGGAUCCCCAAACAGAUCGAGACCAAGUCCGAGGUUUCUACUCCACCUCCCCCCGACAAUGGCGUCUCCGCUAUCAAGAAUCAGAGGGGCAAAAUCUGCAUACUCUCCAUCGACGGUGGUGGAAUGCGAGGGAUAUUAUCCGGAAGAGCCCUCGCUUAUCUCGAACAAGCCCUUAAAACGAAAUCCGGGAAUCCUCAAGCUAGAAUCGCCGACUAUUUCGACGUCGCGGCCGGUGCCGGCGUCGGAGGGAUUUUCACCGCCAUGCUCUUUGGGACAAAGGACAAUAGCCGCCCGAUUUUCCAAGCGGAGGACACGUGGAAGUUCCUGGCGGAGCAGGGGAAGAGAUGCUAUCGUUCUUCGUCCGGUUCCGGCUCUGGCGGCGGCAGUUUCCUCCGGCGGAUUCUCCGAGGUGGCUCCAGCGGCUCGGCGGCGUCCGGACUAGAGAAAGCCAUGAAGGAAGCGUUCGCGGAGAACGGCCGGAGUUUGACGCUGAAAGACACGUUGAAGCCGGUGUUGAUACCGUGCUACGACCUCUCCAGCUCGGCGCCGUUCCUGUUCUCCAGAGCCGACGCUCUCGAAACAGACAGCUUCGACUUCCGCCUCUGGGAGGUGUGCCGAGCCACGUCGGCCGAGCCAGCCAUCUUCGAACCGGUCUCGAUGCGGUCUGUCGACGGCCAAACCCGGUGCGUGGCGAUUGACGGUGGUUUGGCCAUGAGCAACCCUACCGCAGCGGCGAUCACGCACGUGCUUCACAACAAACAGGAGUUUCCAUUCGUGCGAGGGGUGGAGGACCUUUUGGUACUUUCACUUGGAACAGGUCAGCUUCUGGAAGGAAGCUACGAUUACGAUCAAGUGAAGAACUGGAAAGCUAAGGACUGGGCUCGACCCAUGGCUCGAAUCUCCGGCGACGGUGCCGCCGAUAUGGUGGACCACUCGGUGGCAAUGGCGUUUGGGCAGAGUCGGAGCAGUAACUACGUCCGUAUUCAGGCAAAUGGGUCCACCUUGGGUCGUUGUGGGGCAAAUAUGGACACAGACCCUAGUCCUAGCAAUGUAAAGAUGCUAAAUGGAAUAGCUGAGGAAAUGCUGAAGCAAAAGAAUGUUGAAUCAGUGCUCUUUGGAGGUAAAAGGAUAGGAGAGCAGAGCAAUUUCGAGAAACUCGACUGGUUUGCUGGUGAGCUUGUGCUGGAGCAUCAGAGGAGGAGUUGCCGAAUAGCUCCCACUGUUGCAUUUAAGCAAGCUACCCCCAAAUCCACCUAGGCCAACAGUAGCCUGAAGAAAAAGGGGGAGGCAGAACAAUAAAUUCAAAAAAAAAAAAAAAAAAAAAAGGAAAAGAGAAGAAAAGUAAUAUAGCAGCUUUUACUUUUGAAAGAGAAGAUAGUAAAAGAAGAGGAGGAGGGUCAGGGAAUUGAGUGAAAAGGACUAGUAGUGUAAAAAGGGUGGAAGAUCUUUGUGGGAUUCUUUGCCUGCCACAGGACAGGCAUGUGGUUGUCCACUCCAAUUCUCUACUAUGUCAAGAAACCAUUAGAGAAAAGCAAAUUGAGUUUGAAGGCAUUGAGCUUUGAGCUUUGUCCUGUGGCGGGUCAAACAAUAUGAAUUCGAUUGGAACCUUUUAAUUUGAAAGAAGUUGCUGUGGGGAAGAACUGUUCCUGAUUUCCUCGGCUCCGCCUUUAUUUACUUUUGGUUUCAGCCUCUUUCUUCCUUAAUCAGCCUCAGCAAACUUGAAUUUGGGUGGUGGGCCUACCUUGUGAAGCAUCCCCAUAAAUAUAGCCAAAGUUGAAUGUCUGACCUUUGGUAUUCUUUUUUGUUUUUAUUUUAUUUUCUUCAAUAUAGAUGUGCUGGUGAAGAGAUUUGAGGGUGGGUAUCUUUUUUAAUCAACCGACCACAGCUCCUCCUAGAAAUGGGAUUGAUGGAUGAGCCAACAUUAAGAGUCUGGGUGGGACCCUUUUCCAAGAAAAGACCAAUUUCAUUUUUGUUUUUUAAAUCUUUAGUACACAGGGUUUGGGGUCCCUGGGGGUCCUCAAAUUCCAAGUGUUCUCUUUAGAAAAUGUUGAUGAUCUCAUGAUUGUUUGGGGGGCAAAGAAAAUUUCAGUCUUUCCCUUUCCUUUUGUAAACUUGUGUAUGUUAAAAAAGGAGUAAUGGUGGGUGGUGGUUGA